CCCCCCCCCAUCCGAGAUGCGCAGCCUCAGUCGCUUCCGUCUAAUCACCUUUGAUGUGACCAACACCCUCCUCCAGUUCCGGACGACACCCGGCAAGCAGUAUGGCGAGAUUGGUGCCCUCUUUGGCGCUCGGUGUGACAACAAUGAGCUGGCGAAGAACUACAAGGCCAACUGGUACAAGAUGAACCGGGAUUAUCCCAAUUUUGGAAGCGACACAAAGCCACAAAUCGAGUGGCAGCAGUGGUGGCGUAAGCUGAUAGCAGGUACAUUUGCGGACAGCGGAGCCGCCAUACCCGAUGACAAGCUGCAGAACUUCUCCAAUCAUCUGAUUGAGCUCUACAAGACCUCUAUUUGCUGGCAGCCCUGCAAUGGCAGCGUGGAGCUGUUGCAGCAACUGCGAAAGGACCUGAAGCCGGACAAGUGCAAGCUGGGCGUGAUAGCCAACUUUGAUCCGCGUCUGCCGGCGCUUCUGCAGAACACCAAACUGGAUCAGUAUCUGGACUUUGCCCUGACCUCGUACGAGGUCAAAGCAGAGAAGCCAUCAGCGGAGAUCUUCCGCCAGGCCAUGGAGAAGGCGGGCCUGGAGAAUCUCCAGCCGGAGGAGUGCCUGCAUAUUGGCGAUGGACCCACUACAGAUUAUCUGGCCGCCAAGGAGCAUGGCUGGCACUCGGCCCUGGUGCACGAGAAGAGCUACGCGUAUUUGGUGAAAAAGUACGGUGAGGAUAUCGAUCGUGAUCAUGUCUUUCCCAGUCUCUACGAUUUCCACAAAAAGAUCACGGACGGCGCGGUGGUCUGGUGAAGCAAUGUAUAUAUAUUAAACUAGUAAAGCCAAAGAAAUUUA